AUGUCACAGUAUGUCAGGAAUGACUACAUAUCAGUGACGUCCGCUGAACAGGGCAGCACUUCAGAUGAUCAGAAUGACAAAUCAAGCUCGCCGUAUCCCAGGCAUUUAGUUUCCCGUCGCGCCCUCGCAGCCGCUGUCCGCCAGCUAAAUGUUGUCGGGCCGGCAUCGCGCGUCCUGGCAGCUGGUCCUCAGGUGCCGGGAGACGCCGUGUCCUGCUUCGACUUCUUCCGCUUCCGCGUGAGAGCCGUGACCCCGACCGCGGGUCACGAUCUCUUGGGCGAUACGCCUGGGUUCUGGGACCGCACCCUGCUACAGACUGCCCAUGUGGAGCCGGCAGUGUGGCACGCUGUCGCAGCUCUGGGUGCGCUGCAGCGGAAAUGGGAGGUUGUGUCUCGACUUUCUCAAGUCUCUUUCGCCACACCCGAAGCCGGAUCAAACGGCAGUGAACACGUAAUUGGAGAAAGUGCUGGAAAUAUCGACAACGGCGAUGAGGCAACAACAGAAUUGGAAUCAAGCUCGAUGCAACUGGCUAGUCAAGCUAGCACAAGUUACAUCCAAGCUCUGAAGAUGGCUAGCACCAUGACCGACAUCAACGCCAUACUAGUCCUCAGUAUCGCGUUGGCCGCAGCCUCCAAUCUCACGGGCAAGUGGAUCGAUAGCCAGGUUCACAUCCGUGCAGCAACAAAGCUCGUUGGUCAGCUAGCAGAUGACGCCAGGGGAAAGCCCGUCUCAGAACUGGACAUCAACGACGCGGCUGAUAGCUUGGCAAGGCUGGAUUUACAAUGGCUCACAUUCCAGGACUCGCAGGCGCCUUAUCCAUACCUAGAGAGCCAGCUCUUAGCUCAUGCCCUGAGGAGAGCCCCAGAGAUCAAGAGCCUUGCCCACGCACAGGAUCUGCUGAUGGGCAUCAUGAGGAAGCUCUGGGUCGGGGCCGGCCUGGCCGACACGGAACAGCCAGGCACAGACAUUACUGGUCAGAGUGACAUCGACAUCAUAGCAGACUUGGCUGAGUGGGAGCACAAGACACUCCAGCUUCUGAGCAGUGCCCAUACGCCCGCGAAACAGGCGAGCCCAAGUCUUCUCUUCCUCAAGAUCUGCCACGCAACGGUACAUCUGAUUAUCCUCGCCGGAAUCACGCAGUCGAGUUAUAACGAAUUAUGCUGGGACAACCAUCUUGCCCAUUUCGAGCGUAUGAUCGCAUUGAGUGCGCUCUUCAUCCAGGCGGAGGUCUACAGAAACCCACUGCUCCCCUCAGUAGUGUCUCUGGACGGCCCCGGGAUCAUAAUGUCCUUGUGGCUAGUUGCAUUCCGCUGCCGCCACCCCUUGCUACGACGACGGGCCCUGGGGCUCCUCCGAGUCUCAAGGAGGCAGGAAGGCAUGUGGAUGAGUACGAGCGCGGCAGUCGUGGCGCAAAAGCUCAUCGAGAUCGAGGAGGCUGGUAUGCACGGUACAAAGGCUUUCUCGGAUUCGGUAUUGGUGCCUGCCUUCUGCACAUUGGAACCAGUGACAGCCUUUGAGCAAGUGCUGAUAAAGCAAUUUGAGGCCGAGGACCUUGACCCGCAAUCGUGGCUUUUGGGAGCGGGGCUUUGGACGGCCAGAACGAAAUGGGACAUGCCAGGAAGAGCUUUGAUUCCCUUGGAAAGGCGAAUCGCAGACGUCACUACUUUCGCUCAGCCUUACGAUCCGAGGAAGGGAAGAUCCAAAGCCGAUGUCACUUUGUCCUUCGCAGACUAUGACAUGAGCAGAGAACUGAGGCAGGAAAUCAUCUCUGUUAACUUUUAA